UUCAGAAUACGGCCACCGCCCCCGCCUAAACCCCCACUGGCCACUACUCUCGUCUCUCCCUUUUCAAGCCGUCCCAUUAAUGGUUUAGGUGGUGGUCGAUAGAAGACCACGUACAUUUUACGUGCACAGCCACAUUGUGUCGUGUUCAGUUUUCCCCCCUUUUACACAACACGUCCUUUCACAAUUCGUAACAAUCAGGCAAGUUCAAAUCUUAUAAAUUAUAGCGGUGCGGCUCAAACGAUCCCGGCAAGUAGUAGUUCAAAGUAACCUCGAUCGAUAUUCCUUGCCAUGUCUUCGAGAAAUCUUCAAUGGCUGAGCCUUGUUGGCAUCAUAUGGCUUCAGUCCAUCAAUGGAACAAACUCCAAUUUCCCUGCUUAUUCAUCCCAGCUCAAGCAUCUCCUUUCCAUGUCACAGCUGGAACUUAACAACCUUGCCUUCGCCUCAGAUGCAGGAAAACUAUUGGGUUGGUUUUCUGGUGUUGCAACUAUUUAUCUCCCCCUUUGGCUUGUUCUCAUUAUUGGAUCUUCUCUCGGGUUGCUUGGUUAUGGGUUGCAGUAUCUUUUCUUGACGGACCGAAUUUCUUCUCUGUCAUAUGGGCAUAUUUUUGUGCUGACUGUUAUGGCAGGAAAUAGUAUUUGCUGGAUCAACACCGUUUGUUACGUUGUUGCCAUUCGGAAUUUCCCUUCUGAUUGUCGCCAGGUUGCGGUGGGAUUAACGACUAGCUACCUAGGACUAAGUGCAAAGAUUUACACAGAUAUUGUAGAUGCUGCCUUUUCAUCUUCCCCCAUUGAAAGAGCUAAAGCCUAUCUCCUUCUGAAUUCCAUCUUGCCUGUGAUAGUUUGUGUUAUAGCUGCACCACUAGCCAGAGAACUUGAUGUUGGAAGGCCAAGAAACAUGGGUGUUGGGAUCAUAACAAUGUUUUUGAUAACAAUGGCAACUGGGGUCUAUGCUGUAAUCAGUAGUUUGCAGUCUAUAUCAGGUAAGCUAUCGCCAUCCAGCCAUGCCAUUGGUAUCGGUGUGUUUUUGUUGGCCCCACUAGUAGUUCCAGUUGCCGAGAAAAUUAUAGAAUCAGCUGUAAGAAAAAUCGAUUUAAACGCAGAAAGGAAAAAAAGAAAAGUGUAUCAUUUUACUAUAGAAGAGAGUGAAGGUGAAGAAAGAGUGGAUCAGGAUAGGUUAAAAGAUAGAAAGGAAGUUGGUGAAGUUCGUAACGAGAGUGACGAUGUAGAAAAAAUGGAGAAUGGGUUAAAAGAGAUGAGAGGGGAAGCGGGUGAAUUUCUUGAGAUUGGUGUUAAAGAGGAGAUUGGAGUGAAGGAGAUGCUGAAAAGAUUGAAUUUCUGGUUAUAUUUCUUGGUCUAUUUUUUCGGUGCAACGUUGGGGCUGGUGUUUUUGAACAACUUGGGACAAAUAGCCGAGUCCCGUGGGUAUUCUGGGACGUCUUCUUUGGUUUCUUUAUCGUCUUCCUUUGGGUUUUUCGGCCGACUCAUGCCAUCAUUUGUGGACUACUACUUCUCAAGGACUAAGUAUGCGAUGUCAAGACCAGCCUCAAUUGUAGCAUUAAUGGCGCCAACAGCAGGAGCUUUCUUCCUACUUAUCAACAAUUCCAACCUGGCACUCCACAUGAGCACUGCCACCAUAGGAGUGUGUUGCGGGGCAAUUACUUCCAUUUCCGUAUCCACAACCACCGAACUUUUUGGGACAAAAAAUUUCUCAGUAAAUCAUAAUGUGUUGGUUGCAAAUAUACCAAUAGGAUCUUUUCUCUUUGGUUCCAUGGCAGCCGUGCUUUACCACAAGGAAGGAAAUGGAGCUGGGAAAUGCAUGGGGAUGGAAUGCUACAGAAUCACUUUCAUCACCUGGGGUUCUUUUUGUUUGCUUGGAACUUUUCUUGCGUUAAUUCUAUACGCUCGAACUAGAAAGUUUUAUUCGCAAAAAGUAUAGGAAAAAGGUGCGUACACAAGGAAGCUGGGAUCAGACCACGCAACACCAACUAUUCCGGCCAUCUGCAUGCAACUCCAAAUUAAUUAAUGACGUAAGAAUGAUGGUCCGGUUGGAUCAUACAAUAUGCGCGCUUUCUCCAUCCACCAUGCAACUAAUUAAAUAAUAACAAUAUGUCAUGUUUGGCAAACUCAUGAUCACGCCACAAUAUCUGGCCGGCCUGCAAUAUUUAGUUGUUUGUUCCUACACGAAACCUUGCCCUAUCAUGACACUCAUGAAUAUUUUCUUGCAUUGUAUUACUCGAAUUAAAAUGUAAUUUCCCGAUGAUCGAUCAUUAUCAGUUUAAUUAAUUAAUUAAUUAUUUGUGCAA